AUGGAUUUACUACUUGUUCAAAUGAAUGCUGAAUGUGGUAAUCGAGAAACUGAAUAUGGAAAUAUGAGACAAAGAUUAGAUAAAGAAAAAUUAACUGAUGACGAAGUCGAUAAACUUUAUGAUAUUGUUCAAGUCACUGAUGGUCUUUUCAAUAAAAAUCAUAUUCGAUAUACAAUUGAAGGUGGGACUCUAUUAGGUCUUGUUAGAAAUGGUGGUCUUAUUAAACAUGACAAUGAUGCUGAUUUUGAUAUUCUUCAAGAAGAUAUUCCAAAAAUCAAAGCAUUAAAUCAUCAAUUUGCUGAGUACGGUUUAGAAAUCAUUGAUGUUCCUGGAUGGGGUUUACAAGUUACACAUGAAGAUAGUCCAUGUUUAGCACCAGAUCUUUGGACAGAUGGAAGUCAAUAUUGGACGAGUAAAUGGCCAUUUCUUGAUCUUAUUGGAAUUUGUUGGGAUGAAAAACAACAAUAUUAUAAAUACGCACAAGAAGUUGCUUUACAUGAUUAUCCGGAAUAUUAUUUAACACAAUCAGAUUGGGAAAAUCCAUUUGAACGUGUCUCAUUUGCUCAUUUAAAAUUAUGGGCAAUUGCUGGAGAGAAAAAUCGACGAGCUUAUUUAGAUCGUCAUUAUAAAAAUUGGAAUCGAAUUAUUGAAAUGAAUAUGGAUCAUCGAGCAAAUGUUUAUUUUCAAACAAAAAUUAUUUGCCCAUUAAACGAAAAAGAUUAUGGUCAUCGAGAACGGAGUGCAAAAAUAACAACAUUGAUAAAGCCUUGGAUUGAAUAA